GUCCGUAAAGGGAUGUAGAAAAUACGAAUCUCUGAUUUUCUCUGUGCGGCUUUAAAUGUAGCAUCAAUGCACGAGCCAAUCACAACUUGCCGUAAAGUGAAGCGUUGGUGUUUAGAAUGAGGAGCUACAUGCCUUACCUAGUGGAGGUAUUUGUUCAUUUUAUUAGCGUUUAAGGCUAUUGGUGCCGAAGACAGCAGCGUCAUCAUGUCAAAGCCCAGUCUGCUGGUCCUGUAUGGAAGCCAGACUGGUACGGCCCAGGACACGGCCCAGAGGAUUGCACGACAGGCGCAGAGAAGGCAACUGCAGGUUCGAGUGUUGCCUCUGGAUAACUAUAACGUGGCCAACUUGAUCUCAGAGUCUCUGGUGGUUUUUGUGUGCUCCACCACGGGCCAAGGAGACCCUCCAGACAAUAUGACGGUCUUCUGGAGGUUUGUCUUUAAGAAGUCUUUGCCCGUUGGCUCUCUGAGUCGCUUGGACUGCGCUAUACUGGGCCUGGGGGACUCCUCCUAUCCGAAGUUCAAUUUUGUGGCCAAGAAGCUUCAUAAGCGCCUUCUGCAGCUGGGUGCCGGUAUGCUGCUGCCUGUUGGGCUGGCAGAUGACCAACACGACCUGGGGUCAGAUGCUGUGAUUGACCCGUGGCUCACAUCCUUUUGGGAGAAAGUGUUUUCUCUGUACCCAUCUUUGGCUGACGUGAUUCCACUGAGGGAAGAUGAACCGCUCCCUCCAACAUACACUUUCCACUUCCUGGAUGAUGUAGAAGAGAAGACGGAUGACAGGCAGAGGAUUCCCACAGAACAGACAGCCCCCUCCCAGUCCCAUCCCUUUCCUGCCAGACUAGUGUCCAAUAGGAGAGUAACGGACAUGUCACACUUUCAGGAUGUGAGGCACAUCGAGUUUGACGUCACAGGAUCCAGUAUUGAGUUUGCUGCUGGUGAUGUGGUGAUGAUGCGUCCAUGUAACACUCCAGAGGACGUACAGCAAUUCUGUCAACUACUGAGAUUAGAUCCAGAGGCCAUGUUCACUCUCAGGGCCACAGACAACACUGCAGUGCAAGCCAGGCUUCCUCAGCCGUGUACUGUCGGCCACCUGGUGGAGAGCUACCUGGACAUCGCCGCCGUGCCUCGCCGCUCCUUCUUUGAGCUGCUGUCUACCUUUGCCACCAAUGAGAUGGAGCAGCAGAAGCUGGUUGAGUUCAGCUCAGCGGCAGGCCAGGACGAGCUGCAUAGCUACUGCAACCGGCCCCGACGCACCGCGCUGGAGGUCUUGGCAGAUUUCCCCCAUACUACAGCAGAAAUCAAAGUAGACUAUCUCCUAGAUCUAUUCCCUGAGAUCCAGCCUCGCUCAUUCUCCAUCGCCUCCUCACUCCAGGCUCACCCACACAGGCUUCAGGUCCUGGUAGCUGUGGUUCAUUACAAAACCAAGAUGUAUAAACCAAGAAGAGGCCUCUGCUCGACCUGGUUAGCCUCCCUGGACCCGGCUCAAGGGGAGGUGUAUGUGCCUCAGUGGGUGAAGAAGGGAAGUCUGAAGUUCCCCAAAGAGAAAGACACCCCUGUGAUAAUGGUUGGACCUGGAACAGGAGUGGCUCCCUUCAGGGCGGCUUUACAAGAAAGGAUGGCUGAGGGAAAGAAUGCCAACGUCCUGUUCUUUGGCUGUCGCUCUGAGUCCAAAGACUUCUACUUCAGGUCAGAGUGGGAGGCCAUGAUGAAGACUGGACAUCUGACCCUCUUCACUGCCUUCUCAAGAGACCAGGAGGAAAAGGUGUAUGUGCAGGACCAGGUAAGGGAGAACGCUGAGCUCCUUUGGGACUUGAUUGCCAAUAGACGUGCCUGCUUUUACAUUGCUGGUAAUGCUAAACAGAUGCCAACCAGUGUGUGCGACGCUCUGAAAGAGGUGUUCCAGCAGGAGGGAGGUGUGUCCUCCGAGGAUGCCUCACAGAUGCUGGCAACCAUGGAGAGGACAGGCCAGUUCCAGAGUGAGACCUGGUCUUGAUCACAUGCCCUUAACCCACUACUUCAGAGUUCACAUUAAGGUGCUGCUACCAUGUUGACUGCGUGAUACAAUCCCUGAUUUGGAAUAAAAGUGUCAGCAUAUUUGAGCAUGGAAGUUCAUUCGAGACCUUUUGACAUUACCUCAGCAGUGUACUGUAGAAGUCAUUCCCAAAGACUGGAUCGAGACCCCCAGGUGGGUUGCAGAUUUGUCUGUUUCUCUCUCCAUCUUCUGCUGUCUCUCUCUCCUCUCUCCCUCCAUCAUCUGAUGUCUGUCUCUCUUACUCUUCACCAACAGUAGAGUGAGUGUUUGUUUUGGAGCCAUGCUGUAAUGUAAAUUUAUGCAACAUGAGGUUUGUCAAAUAAAAUCAAACCCCUCCAUUCAUCCCCUA